AUGGCCGCCCCCGCCCCCGCCGCCGGAAGCAGCCUCCACAGCAAGACCCUCCUCAAGAGCGAGCAGCUCUACCAGUACAUACUGGAGUCCACGGUGUUCCCGCGCGAGCCCGACUGCCUCCGGGAGCUGCGCGUCGCCACCGCGGCCCACCCCAUGGCUCGCAUGGCGGCGUCGCCGGACCAGGUGCAGCUGUUCGGCCUGCUGAUCGAGAUGCUCGGCGCCAGGAACGCCAUCGAGGUCGGCGUGUUCACCGGGUACUCGCUGCUCGCCACCGCCCUCGCCCUCCCCGACGACGGCAAGGUCAGAGUUCCGCCGUUCGCCGGCUUCCUGGUCGUGGCCAUUGACGUUAGCCGCGAGAGCUACGACGAGAUAGGGGCGCCGGUGGUGGAGAAGGCCGGGAUGGCGCACAAGAUCGACUUCCGCGUCGGGCUCGCGCUGCCGGUGCUGGAUACCCUCGUUGCCGAGGAUGGCAACCUGGGCAAGUUCGACUUCGCCUUCGUGGACGCGGACAAGGCCAACUUCCACCACUACCACGAGCGGCUGCUGCGGCUGGUCAGGGUCGGGGGGCUCAUCGCCUACGACAACACGCUAUGGGGCGGCUCCGUGGCCGCGCCGGACGACGAGGCGCUGUCGGAGCGCGACCGGGAGCUCGCGGGGAUCGCCAGGGGGUUCAACGCGGCGCUCACCGCCGACCGACGCGUCCAGGUGUGCCAGCUCGCCAUCUCCGACGGGAUCAUGCUGUGCCGCCGCGUCGCCUGA